AUGGAAUCGGAAACAUCGGCGUCAUCUACAGAAAAAACGAGCGAGGGAAGCGGAGGAUCCCCGGCCUCGCCCGCAUUCGAAUGCAACAUCUGCUUUGACACGGCACAGGAUCCUGUUGUCACCCUCUGUGGCCACCUCUUCUGUUGGCCCUGCAUAUACAAGUGGCUGGAGUUGCAUCCGGACCAGCCGUCGUGUCCCGUCUGCAAGGCCGCCAUCACGCGCGAGAAGCUCGUGCCCCUCUAUGGCCGAGGCAAGGAGAAAGUCGACCCUCGGACGAGGCCGCCAACGGGCGAGGACAUUCCCGAGCGUCCACGGGGCCAGCGAGGCGAAUCCGUCCGACAGUCCAGCCCGGGCUUCCACGGGUACCACGACAAUCCGUUUGGGCCGUACGGGAUGCCCCACUUCGGUCCUCACGGACCCGGCAACUGGCACACCAACAUGGGCGGCAUCAACUUUGGUUUCGGCUUCUUCCCCUUUGGCAUGCAAUUCACUGGGGGUUCGUUCGGGUACCAGAACAACCUGGGGCCGCAACGUCCGCUCACGCCGCAGGAGCAGAGGGACCAGCAACUGUCCCGAUUCAUGUUCACGCUGGGCAUAUUCAUCCUCUUCGUCUUCCUGCUCAUGUAA